GCCUGUCUCUCUCUUACAUAUAUAUAUAUAUUUACAUAUUUAAAUAUAUAUAGUUGAGAACUGUCCUGUAAAUAACAGUAAUGUAGCAAUAAAUGUGCCAUUUUAAUAACAGAUUAUACCUUUUCCAAUGUCUGGCUUUUGAAUAUUGUAUACAUUUAAAAAAAAAAAAAAGAAAAAUAAAAUAAAGGAAACCAUUGUAAUAAAGGGUUAAAUUAAUUUGUCCAUAUUUUCUAUUGCCAAUAUUCGGACAGGGUAAAAACUCACUCGAGCGCCAUCAGAAUGCAACAAAGGCGCCACGUUAAAGAGCAGAUGUGAGCCGUUACUGGAGCUCUGAAGCCAACAUGUUUAAACAGCCCUCUUUUGUAAACGCAGGUCUUUAAAAUGGUGGCCUGAAACGACCCUGCACUGCUGCACGCAACCGCGGAUGUGGUGGUUAUUUUUAAACAGGCAGAAGAAGAGACAGCCCGGGGUCCUUCGCGACAAGAGCAACUACGAGAAGGUCACAAUGGUUCAGAAAAUAUUAAAUAAAAUCAUCGGAGCCAAGUACAUAGGUAUUGCGAGGACGUGGGUCCCAAACAUGGUUGCCUGGGGAACAGUGGGCGGCGUGGCACUCAUUCACUUCACAGAUUGGCGAUUAAUCCUAGACUAUGUGCCGUACGUUAGAGGGAAGUUCAAGACAGACGAGUAAACUCUUAACAUGACCACAACGUUGGGAUGGGCACUUUGGGUGGAUUGCUUUCACACCUUGAGCUUUUGUGGGAUGCCCUGUCUCAACAGUCAGUCACUGAGGGCUUGUUAGGAGUUUGGACUUCAAGAUGCACUCUCUUUAUAAACUGCUGUUUUUGAUUCAGUGUUAUUAAAUGUGAAUAAAUGUAAUUUACUCCCAGUAUGUCUCCUUGUUCUCUAAAUGUACAACUAUUAAAAUGCUUUGUUCAAACUUG